AUGGCGCUAGCUGCGCAGCAUUUGUGCACCGCCGCCGUCAGUGUCAGCCAGUUUGCCGUGGCAUACGGAGCUCCAUCGCAGUCUUUAACACUGGUAGCAUGCCGCGACAGCGUGGACGUGAACCACUUCCUGUGGGACCUGGGCGAGGAAGUAGCGGAGCAGAGGGAAGUGGCGGACGGCGACGAUACCGACGCAGACGUCGACGGCGGCCCGCUGGAGCGCGCCUGCUCUUGCGAAGGACCCGCCUGCACGUGCUGCGUGGACUUCAAUUUCACCUACGUCGAUCUCGGUGGUCCAGGAUGUGUGGAGAUGACAUACCUAUCUCCAGCUGAAGGAAUUAAUGUCAAUAUUUCUUAUGGAGACAAUGUCCUUCUGAGUGAAGCAAUCAAGGGUGCAAAGCCAGAUCCAGUAUGUCUAAAUAUGCUGGGUGGCCUCACACAACUGUGCGCACGAUUUAGUGAUCUUGCACCUACCUCUGAUGGGUUGAGAUGGUGCUUGCAGUUGGAACCUGCUCUACUUGGUGAUGUACAAGCUCAGUUCCCACUUGGUUGCUUUCGAAUGGGAUCAGAUGGAAUGGUUCCAGAUCCACCAGUGAAUGCCACACUACCACCAGCCAAUACCGUUGAGACAACUGAUGAAGACAUCAAUGAAGAAGCUUUAAUUGCAGCAGUAAAUGAAUCAGCUGAAGAAAGUAUUUCAUUCCUGAGUAAUCUUUUAGGAAUUACAUUGUCAGGAUCAAACAAAACUCAAGAACAAAACACAACUGAAGUAGCAACAGAAUCUUCAGAGAAUCCAGAAAGCAAAAGAAGGUCAUUGCAGCAACAUAAAAAAACAUUCAUAAAAAGUGCAAAUGAGAAGUUGUGAAAUCAUUUGUCACAGCUUCACUGAUUGUCAAGACUGCAAGAAAAUGACUCUCUUGUUACUUCAUAGUCAUUAAUUUAUUUAUUACAUUUCAGAAUAUAGUGAACAAAAGCUAAUUUCUAAAAUUUGUUGUAUAAGUUAUUUAUAUUUGUUGUGUAGAAACACAUUAGAGAAACUUUCAUUUUUAUGUGAUUUACUGUAUGAUUUUAGCUUAUAAGUAAAGUUAAUUAUAUAUAACUGAU